AUGGAACAUGAUGGGAAGGAGUGGCAAUACAUAGGGGGAAGGACAGGUUGUUCAACCGUGCCCGUUUUAGGCCUGUCACUACGAGAGUUGAAGAGGCAUUUGAGCGAUCAUAUGAAAAUUACAGUUGAAGAGUUGGAGAAGGUCAAUCUAUCUUGGAGGCUAAUUGAGAAGAAGAAAAAUUUGAAAUUCAUGUGCAGUAUUGAUGACAACACACCUGUCAACAGUAUGGCUCGAUAUGUGAUAAGAGAAGCAGAUGGUUUUGUUGAAAUAUUUGCAAAAAUGCCUGAGAAAUCCAUGUUUGAUAGCUCAGAAGAAGAAGAUGCAAUUGAGGAGCAAGAAGCACAGGAAUUUCAGCAAGAGCAGCAAGAAGAACAAGUAAUUGAGCAGGAAUUUCAGCAGGAGCAGCAGGUUGAGCAUGACCAGCAAGAAGGGCGGCUAAUUGAACAACAAGAUGCAAGUUUUCAGCAAGAAGAUUACCACCAUGACCAGCAAGGGCAGCAACUCCAAGUGGUGUAG